AUGACAGUGAGCACGUUUAAUUUUCAUCUUCUGCGUAUUUGCAUAGCUCAACUAUUAAAAGCACAUGGCUUUGACAAAACAAACAACAGGGCGCUUGACGUGGUGACCGACCUUUUUAUUCGUUACCUUAGACUUCUCACUCUUACAGUAAUAAAAUACACUGAUUUACGAAAUGAUGAAGAGUCGGUAAUACAAGAUUUUGGGAAUGCAUUUCGUGAGCUUCGAAUUAUAUCUCCGGCCAAUAUUAUAGAUCCGUAUGAUAUUGGAGGAUUAACAUCGAGAGGUAUAACAAAUUUUGAGAACUGGUUUAUGAGUGAAAUGCAGAAUAGAAUAAGGGAUACAGCUAGACCAAACAUAGAUCUCAUCAAUGAAAUCAUAAAAACGAAAAAGAUGAAAGAUGUUAAUACAAAAAUGAGCACAUUAACAGCUGCUUUGGACCAGCAGACUCAACAGGCUCAACGCCAGAAUCCGACACUUCCUUAUCAAUAUCAGAGUAUGGGUAGAAUUGGACAGACCGGUAACAAGAUCAUUUCGGAAAACCAAAGAAAGUUCAACAAAGAUGGUAGGACUGAUUAUAAUGGAUCUGACGAUUUAACAGUCGAUGAUGACUGGAUCAAAUUUGUUAUUCGUCAACAAUUGAAUCAACAUCCUGAUGUCAAAUUUAAGGGUACAAUAUUAAUAAAUAAUCUGCCACAGGAUAAGAAGAUGCUGCGCAAGCGCAAAAUUCAUCCCAAUGUAACUGUUUCCGGUCCAGCUCCUAAAAGAUUGGAAUCGGUCCUACCAUACAAGCAGAGAGCUGACAAUGACAGGCUUUUACAGGAGAUUGAGAAUGAUGAUGAUGAACAAAUUUCUAAAUACAAACAAAAGAGAAAUGAUUAUUUUCCUCAGGUACAGUUGGCUAGCGAUGAGAAUGAUACAGAUCACACAGAAAAUCAUAGUUUGAACAUAUUUCAAAGUGCAAAUUAA